AUGAGCGUACGGCUAGAGAUAUGCAUCGAAACGGUAGCCUCCGCAAUCGCCGCUCAUAAAGGUGGCGCCCAUCGAGUGGAGCUGUGCUCAGGUCUCGUGGAAGGAGGGGUCACUCCCAGUAUAGGCUUGGUGACGGCAGUUGUACAGGCCAUUCCCAUUCCCGUGCACGUGCUUAUCCGACCUCGGGCGGGCGAUUUUGUCUUUAGCGAAGAAGAGAUGAAGGUUCGCUCCUCCCCCGGGGCAGCUGGGGUGGUGGUGGGCGCUUUGACUCGUUCGGGCGAUAUUGACGAACCAAAGGUAACGUUUAUGCCAGUUCCCUAA